UUCAUUAAUCUCGCCAGUAUGAUGAAUGUCCGGACAUGUCCAUUGCCGUCGCUACCGCAAAAGAUACACUACAAGCAUCCAUCAAUCUGCGCGAGCAGGCCUGUAAUCUAACAAUGCGAGGUCCAUGUCUCCACCCUCCGUAUCACACAGACCAAAUUGUUCAUGCUCCGUUUCACGUCCACAUCAAACCUCCGCCCCGACCAACCCUGACCGCUCUGCACUCUCUGAAGGAGUCUCAUGGAGUUGCGCUGACUGGAGAAGAUGCUGGUUCACUGUGCAGCAAGAGAGACAACGAGGCAGGUGACGCUGAUCGAAACCGUGGUAUGAUGCAGCGAGACAGACGGUGAGGCUCAACAGGGACGCUAGCGGACUCCCCAGGCAGCUCGUGGCGAGAGGACUUGUUGAGGUGCGUCGUCGGUCUCAGUUCUCGCGUC